UGAUACUCAGUCACCGCUGCUUACUGAGGCUCUCGUGUGUUGGGACGGAGUGUGACGCCAUGGUGGAGAUCACUCGUUGCGUGGCUCUGGCUCUCUUUCUCGUGGGUCUCCAGGCAACCCAUGCUAUGUUAAACGCUCCAGGCAGAGACAGUGGCAGAGGAGGGGGUGGAGGCCCACCGUGGCGUGACAGUCUCGCUCUCAACAUAAUACCAAACACGAGAAGGUCACCCUAUGUUCCUUCAGCCACUCCCCUGGUCAGGACACGCAGUACGCAUGCGGACGACUCUCUCAAGCGGACACCUCUUGCUAUAACGUCAGUCGAAAAGAUCUCUGAACCUCUCUCCUGGAGCACAAGCAACGCAGCCAACCACAUAGCUUCGAGGCGCCGGGCUCUUGACGGGUCAAAAAGUACUAAAAAGGAUAAAGAUGUCGGCGACUCCGUAAGCACACAGACUCGAAACCAAACUACAUUCCCCCGCUCAGACGUUGCCUCGCCUCGGCCAUCAGUGUGUGACAAGAGGCGGAUGUUCCAAUGUCUCAAUGGGGAAUGUAUCAGCCGGAACUUCUGGUGUGACGGCUCGCCUGACUGUCUAGACUUCUCCGACGAACACAACUGCACCAUGAAUGGACUGUGCAAGAACUACCAGUUCUCGUGUACGAAGAGCAGUAACUGUAUACCUGCCACUUGGAGGUGUGACGGUGAGGCGGAUUGUAACGACGGCAGUGACGAGCACAACUGUACGACGACUACAACCUGUUUAAAGCACCAAUUCUUGUGUCGAGGUGGAAGCUGCAUCUCUGCCAACUUGGUGUGCGACUACGAGAAGGAUUGUCCUGAGGGUGAUGAUGAAGAGCAGUGUGGAAAGGUAAAGUGCCUGUCGAAUCCUGGACACUUCACGUGUCUCUCGGGAGACUGUAUCUCUCCUGAGGAGACUUGUGAUGGUAGGAGAGACUGUGAUGAUGGAAGCGACGAGGGAGGCAGAUGUGACGACAGGUGCAAAGACGGCGACUGCUCUCAUCAAUGUUACAUGACCCCGCGAGGCCCUCACUGCGUGUGUCCGUCUGGCCUGACACUUCGCUCAAGCGGUAUCUGUGAAGACGUGGACGAGUGUCGGGGUAAUGUGAGCUUAUGUGACCACUUCUGCAUAAAUGUACAAGGCGGCUAUCACUGUGACUGUCAUCAGAUGUACAACCUCCAGUCAGACAACGCCUCCUGCGUGGCUAGAAACGACGCUCCAGCACUCUUGUUCUUCGCCCAAGACAAGGGAGUGAGGGUGAUUAACGUCCGCAAUACCUUCUACAGGGAAAUAAUAGAAGGCAACGAUAUGAUCAUUGGUCUGGCACUCAACCCAAUAGAUGAAACUCUAUUCUUUAGCGCCGGUGACGGAAUCCAUAAAGUGAGCAUGAAAAGGGAAGAGGUCCCAAAACUUGUCAUAAAUAAUGGUAUUGGCAUUGGAGAAGGUUUAGCGGUGGACUGGUUGGGUGGGAACCUGUACCUCACAGAUCCAAACAAUGGUCAGAUCCUGGCGUGUUCCCUGGACGGGGUCCUGUGCUACGUCGUGGUUGAGGACAGGAAACACCCCCGGGGGAUACAGCUGGACAUGAGGAAUAGGUACAUGUAUUGGUCGGACGUAGAAAGUUCUCUCAUAGAGAAGGCUGGCAUGGACGGGUCUAGGCAAACGGUGCUGGUCUCUAAGGGUAUAACUUGGCCUAAUGCUAUAGCCCUGGACCAGCCUGCUGGACGCCUCUACUGGCUGGAUGCCAGAGAGGACGCUGCCUACAGUAUCAGGACUGACGGCACGGAUAGAAAGCAAUUGGUAGAUGCUGCAGUGAACCAUCCCUAUGCCCUGGGCGUGUGGAACCAGUACCUCUACUGGACAGACUGGAACCACGACCACAUCCGCUCUUGCUUGAAACGAAACGGGAAACACGUAGAGACGGUCCUCAAGGGAAGCACAGAGCACGACUAUUUUGGUCUGGUAGUUUUCCAUCCAGACAUGCUGAACCAGGGAACAAACCCGUGCAGAGACCAUCCAUGUAGCAGUCUGUGCCUCUUGUCCCCCACCUCUGCCAGCGAAUACAUCUGUGCCUGUCCUUCCUACACCAUGAAGCUCGGAUCAGACAAACGCACUUGUGUUGAAGAGGAAGAUUUGACAGCGACUCUGGUGGCGACUGAUGACAAGAUUUAUAAAAUAAACCACCAAGUGUAUGGUCGGAAUACCCUUAGUCCCUGGAGGCAUGACCUGAAGUUUCAUACCAUAGGAAGCUUGGACUAUGAACCAACGCUCGGAAUGGUGGUGGUGAGCGACUUGUACAAGGAGAUGAUCUACGGCAUAUCUGACGGAGUCACAGCCGUUCUAGUCAACAACAGCAAAGCAGUCGGCCUGGCCGUUGAUUGGCUGCGUGGGAACCUGUACUGGUUGAACGGGAAGAUGGGCGUAGAGAUGGGGAGGCUGAGACAAAGGUCACUCGAGCACCGAACAUUACUGGUCUCAAAGUUAUCCUUCCCCUCAGAUAUUGCUGUGGCACCUGUGCUUGGGUAUAUCUUCAUUUCUGGCAGCACCUAUGAUAAAUAUAUAAUGCGUUGCGGCUUGGAUGGUUCGAAUUGCAAUAAGAUUAUUGCAACGGAUUUGAACACUCCCGUGUCUUUAGCCUUCGACAGAGACCCAAUGAUCGAGCGGCUGUAUUGGUGCGACUAUGGUCGGGGAACUGUGGAGAGCGUUGAAGCCGAUGGCUCUAAACGCAUCUUGGUGGCGCCUUCAAUGAAUCCAGACUUCGGGAGCCCCGUCGACAUCAUAGCCACAAGCUUAAACUUGAUGUGGUCCGUUGAAAAAUCGGUCGUUAUUUUUUCCGCUGCUAAAGUUAAUGCAGAAAACAAGAAGUUUGUAUCACUUGACCUGGACCAAGCCCCCGCAAGAGGAUUGAGGAUGACGGAGAUCGGGUGGAAGCCGCAGGCAUCCAUCAACGCAGAGAGUUAUGGCUGUCGCCACAACAACGGAAACUGCACUCAUCUGUGUGCCGGCAACGAAGCCGUUGACAAGGUGUGCUUGUGUGAGUCUGGCCACGACUUGGCAAGCGACAAAGUAACCUGCAACCCACUCAACUGUUCCGGCACACUCUACCUCUGCCCCGGCACUAAACAAUGCAUCGCCUCCUCCUGGAGGUGUGACGGGACACGCGAUUGCGUCGACGGGGCGGAUGAGAAAGGCUGCGACAAGGAAGAGCAGUGCGAAGCUGGGAAAUUCAGAUGUUCUUCAGGGGCUUGUAUAGACGAGUCGUGGACGUGUGAUGGAGUGUCAGAUUGUCCGAAUGGCAACGAUGAGAGUCUGGCAAAGUGCAGCAACAAGACUUGUAGUGAAAAUCAGUUUCGGUGCAGCUCGGGUCAAUGCAUUCCCCUCAGUUGGGUGUGUGACCACAGAGAGGAGUGUAGGGACGGCUCCGACGAAAGAAACUGCCCCACGUCCUGUUCAGACCACCAGUUUACCUGCAGAACCGGAAACUGUAUUCCGUUUAACUGGCGCUGCGACAAAGAUACGGACUGUAAUGAUGGCAGCGACGAGGAGGGAUGCCCUGAAACUUGCGGAACCUGGGAGUUCCAAUGCGACAACAAGAGAUGUGUCGCGCUCUCCACGACCUGCGACGGAGAUGACGACUGCGGUGACGGUUCUGACGAACGCUUGCACAGAUGUUCCACCCUCCGCUCCACAGCUGAACCAGUCGCGGAACCAUGUCCCUCCAACAUGAUAGCGUGUUUGCCGAACUACGCCGACAAAGAGAUAGUGUGUAUAUUCCACUCGGACGAGUGUAAUGGCAAGGAAGAUUGCCCACUCGGGGAAGACGAAAUUUGUUGGGAGUGCCACGAGACAGAAUUUCACUGUCACUCGCAUCGCUGCAUACCGAAAGGGUUCCUGUGUGACGGUGAAGACGACUGUGGUGACGGCAGUGACGAAGGUCCCGAUGCUAACUGCACGGUCCUCAGGAACCAGUUUAUUACCCAGGCCCCCAUAACCACCAUCGAAUUGUAUAGCAUUGAAGUUGCUUCAGCAGACUUGCCAGAAAACAUCGUCUGCUCAGGAAUGUUCCAGUGUCUGAACGGUGACUGUGUACCCAAGGAGAAGCUCUGUAAUAACGUCAGCGACUGUUUUGACAGUUCUGACGAGGGAGUCUUCUGUGAUAAUCACUGUGCCAACAACGGCGGGUGCCAACACGUAUGCCAUCCCAGCCCUACAGGCAGCUACUGCUCGUGCCACCUCGGCUCCCACCUGGGCAAGAACGGAAAAGAGUGUCUGGACGAUGCAGUGUGUGAAGAGGACUAUUGCAGUCAUGUGUGUGUGAAAUUGAGACGGCAAACCUUCUGCAGCUGUGCUCCCGGCUACAACCUCCAGGCAGAUAACAGGACCUGCAAGCCAAACAACGGGGAGGAGUUCGUGGUGCUGGCCCGGCCCGGCGGGUUAGUGAUGGUCGGUCACAACUUUCACAUUAAAGGAAAGGCUGACACUUCCCUCAAUCUGGCAAUCGACACUUUUGUUGUCGAUCCUGUUAACGACAUGAUUAUCUAUACGGACAAGAGAAGAGGCGUAAUAGCCCUAGAGCCCUUUAUGUUGGGUAAAGCAGCUAGCAACAUGAAAAGCAGAAUUUUGCUGGACAAAAGGAGCAAUCCUAAAGGGUUGUCUUACGACCCAAUCGCUAAGAAUAUUUAUUUCUCGGAAUACUUCAGCGGCCAGUUGGCAUCUUGGGAGGGGAGUAAGAUAGUAGAGAGAAGCACUAAAAGUAGUCUGAAGGUUAAGGGACAUUCGAUGAUCAUGAUGUGCGACAUAAGUAGCAAGUGCAGCAUAGUGACCAACGCUCCAGGCCAGACCAUACCCUCCACCAGCCUGGCAGUCCGCAGCAGACUAUUGUUUUCCUGCCGCAACUCCAUCGAUCCAAAGGAUGAAAAGGCUCAGAUUGUGUCGACCUUCGUCGAUGGCUCCGGCAUGAGGGUGGUCAGGGAACACAAGGUGGUACGCUGUGGGUCUGUGGCAGUGGACGAGAUAAAGACCAGAGUGUAUUGGACAGACUUGGCCCUCAGCACUGUGGAAUCCGUCGCCUGGGACGGCAGCAGACAUCGCCUCGUCCAGAAAGACAGGGUGUACUCUCCGGUUGGUCUGACUUUGAUGGGUGACACGGUCAUAUGGAUCAACUCUAAGCGCCGUAACCUCGUCAGGUGCUCAAAGUACGACGUCUCAGACUGUGAAAUAAAGGAGCUGACCUCUGAUGGUUCAGGAGUCUUUAGCGUCUUGCCGCUUGUGGGUGCUGGUCCUAACCAGUGUAAGUCUUCGUCGUGUAAACACCUGUGCACGGCUUAUAACGACACGGCGAAGUGCGUGUGUCCACUCGGCUUCAAGGGAGAUCCUGGCAAUCCAGGAUCAUGUGUAGAGUUAAUGGCUUGUAAGGACCACCCGUGUUACGGUGAGCAAGUGUGCGAGGCGCACACGGACAAGGACUUCGUCUGCAGGUGUGAUAGCGACCAUCGCGGUCUGCGGUGUGAAGUGCGAGUCUCCUCCUUGGCGUCCUCGUCCUCCUCCUCCACCUACAUCAUAGCCAUCUUCUUGGUGCUGCUCGCCUUGGUUGCUGUUGGCGGCGCAUGUUACUGGUACAAGAAAAGACCAUUUACAAUCUGGAAAGGUGGAAGUUCCAACCAGAGUUUCCGGUUCGUGAACCCGGCCUUCGGUGUGAUAAGUGACCAGGCAAUUCUUAACGGGAGUCCGGCCCCUAGUACAAACCCCUCCAUGAGUGGCAACCCCCCACCAUACAACCUCACCAACCCCCACCACCCUAACAUUACCUCCAGCUUCGAGAACCCCUUCUUUAAAACUGAUGAUAGUCAAAUUAAUACGAGCUUGGACUCUGCGGUAGCCAGCGCGACAGACUCUACCUCUAUACACGUCCCCAUCCACAAAGUGGACCUCACUUCUCCUAUAUCUCCUGACGGGAAGAAGCAGACAUCACCUCGUACGAUGACAGAGUUCGUGUUCUCGCCCUACAACCCAGUUGUGUAAAGUUCUUCAGCCCUCGCUACACUCCAGGCGAACGGCGGUUUACUCUACUAAAUGUAAAUAAAAAUAAAUGGCACUGUAAACCCGGGUUAACAGCGACUAUGUACAACCACUCUUCACGUGGCAGGCGUGUGCUGAAGGUGACUGUAUACCAUGUAACAUUGGGUUGAAGCUAACCAGCCCUGCCUCUGUGGGUAGGAGAAAAUACCGGAAUAGAUUUAAAUUGUAAAAUGUGAUAAAUAGUCGGUAGUCUUAAAUUUUUUAUAAGAAGUGUUUAAUAAAAGUUCUAAAAUUG